AAAAGAUAAAAUAUAAAAAUAUAAAAAUUCAGUGCGUGUAACAUUAUCCAAUGUUCUAUAGCGAAACUCCAUUUUGACUCCCAACCCGAAACCGCUCCAAAAUCCUCCGUCUAUGGCCGCCGGCGAGCACCGAAAGCUCUUUCCGGUGAAUCAAACCGAACUUAUGGAUUACUCAACGGCGCCGCCGGCGCCGUUGAGUAAACAUGUUCUGAGCAUCUCUCCGUACAUAAUUAUUGCGGUGGCGUUGCUUGCCAGCUUUCUCCUCCUCCUCGGCUACUAUUUGAUCAUUGUCCGGAACUGCUCCGGCUGGCAACGGCGGCGACGCGGCGACUUGCGGGUCGGCGGCGUUGAGAAUGAAGACUUUUUUGUGGAAAACCGCCGGGGCCCGGUGGUGGACCAUCCUAUCUGGUAUAUCCGUACAAUCGGGCUGCCGGCGGCGGUGAUUGGUAAAAUAACGGUUUUGAGCUACAAAAGCGGCGAGGAUUUCGUGGACGGAACGGAUUGCUCCGUUUGUCUUAACGAGUUCCGUGACGGCGAGAAUCUCCGGUUGCUGCCCAAAUGCAGCCACGCGUUCCACGUCGCGUGUAUCGACACGUGGCUGAGGGCCCACACCAACUGCCCUUUGUGCCGCGCCGCCAUUGUUUCCGACGUCCCCGCAGCUCCUCCGAUUCCCGCCGCCUCGCCCGGAAGCGAAGUUCCGGCGGAAAACGGCGGCGGAGAAUCCAGUAACAAUAACAACAACAAUCAAGUUGGAAGAAAUCAAGAAAACGAAGUGAUUAGAAUUCAAGAAUCCGGCACUGUGUCAUCAGCGCUAAGAAGAUCUUUCUCCAUAGACUCUUCAAUGGCUGCAAAUUUCCCCAAUCCGACGUUCAAGGAUUCAACAACUCAGAAAAUGGCGAUGAAGAGAUCGGUUUCGUAUGGUGGGAGGUCAUUUUUCUCCGGUCCAAAUCCCAAUUCCAUACUCCCUCUGUAACAAUCUUUUGGGUAGCUCAAAACCAACAAAACAGGGGGUAUGCAGUUGUAAGCCCAAAUUAUGGCUUGAUCUUACAAUUGCUGACCUUUUUUAUUUUUUUUUAUAACGAGGAAAACUCGCAAAUUAUAACCUGGUAUGUAUUAAGUAAUUUCGUUCUUGUGUAAUAGUUUAUAAAUCACCACAUGAAUGAGUUAAUUGAGAUUGAG